UCGGAGCGGAGCGUCUGCAGCUCGCCAGCGAUUUAGCGUGGUUGCCAUAGAGACGAGUGAGAGACGGACACCUGUGGUGGCUCUGAAGUUUGUGCGCCUGGUCCCUGCGCGCGUGCAGCUGCUCCAGAGGCGCACUAGGAGGCGCCGGGCUCCAGCGGCUCAGAUGCUCCCAGUGAGUCAGUCAGUACGCUCAGUAAGCGGCAGCGGCAGUGGAAGCAGCAACAGCAACAGCAACAGCGGUAGCGGCGGCGGAGAAGACGCGGAGGAGGUUCGACUUCUCGCUGAUCUCCAAUUCUGCUCGCUCUCCAUCGGGAUUCACGAGCGGCAGCAGCAGCGGCGGUGGUGGCGGCGGCGGCGGCAAUGAAGAACGGAGACGCACACGACUGAAGCCGCAGCAGCGAAAUCACACGGCGGCUUGUGUCCUGUCCUGCCCUACCCUGGUAGCGUCCCGUCACAGAGCCGUCUCUCGUGCUCUACACCUAUAGAUUCUGCAUCUGACUGGCGGUGUAAAUGCAUAUAAAUGGCAGGGGCACAGCCUGGGGUUCACGCUCUGCAGCUCAAACCUGUCUGCGUCUCCGAAAGCCUCAAGAAAGGCAACAAAUUCAUGAAAUGGGAUGAUGACUCUACUUUGGUUACUCCUGUCACACUGCGAGUGGACCCUCAUGGACACUUCUUAUACUGGACAGAUCAGAAUAAGGAAACUGACCUUAUGGAUAUAAACAACAUUAAGGAUGCCAGAAAUGGGAAAUGUGCAAGAAUACCAAAGCAGGAUGCCAAACUCCGUGAACUAUUGGAUGUUGGAAACCAGGGGGGCAGACUGGAGAAUAAAAUGCUUACGGUGGUCUGUGGACCAGACCUGGUCAACAUCACUUAUCUAAACUUCAUGGCCUUUCAAGAGGACAUUGCAAAGGAGUGGGCAGAUGAGCUGUUUGGUCUGGCAACGAACCUGCUGGCACAAAAUAUGUCCAGAGAAGACACCCUGGAAAAAGCAUAUACAAGAGUAAAACUGUUGCUGAAUCCUGAGGGACGUAUUCCUGUUAAAAACAUUUUCCGGAUGUUUUCAGCGGACAGAAAAAGAGUAGAAACUGCCCUUGAAUCCUGUAACCUCCCUUCUGGCAGGAAUGACUCCAUUCCACAAGAAGACUUUACACCUGAAGUUUACCGAGCAUUUCUAAGCAGUUUAUGCCCUCGCCCAGAAAUUGACAGCAUCUUUGCAGAAUGUGGUGCCAAGAGCAAGCCUUUCCUUACCACCGAUCAGAUGACAGAAUUCAUAAAUACGAAGCAGCGGGACCCCCGGCUGAACGAAAUACUGUACCCACCACUCAAGCAGGAACAAGUGCAGCUGCUCAUUGAGAAAUACGAACCAAACAGCACCUUGGCGAAAAAAGGUCAGAUAUCGGUGGAUGGAUUUAUGAGAUACUUAAGCGGAGAAGAAAAUGGAGUGAUCCCUCCCGAGAAACUGGACCUGAAUGAAGACAUGUCAUUUCCUUUAUCUCACUACUUUAUCAACUCAUCACACAACACCUACCUCUCAGCUGGGCAGCUGGCUGGUAACUCUUCAGUGGAGAUGUAUCGACAAGUGCUCUUGUCAGGCUGUCGCUGUGUCGAGCUGGACUGUUGGAAGGGACGAACCGCAGAAGAGGAGCCUGUCAUCACACACGGCUUCACCAUGACAACAGAAAUAUCCUUCAAGGAGGUCAUUGAAGCGAUUGCCGAUUGUGCAUUCAAGACGUCUCCAUUCCCUAUCAUUCUCUCUUUUGAAAAUCACGUGGACUCUCCUAAGCAGCAAGCCAAGAUGGCUGAAUAUUGCAAAGCAAUAUUUGGUGAUAUGUUGCUUAUGGAGCCACUCGAAAAAUACCCCCUUGAAGCAGGGGUCCCGUUACCAAGUCCACAUGAUCUGAUGGGUAAGAUUCUCGUCAAAAACAAAAAGAAAUCCCACAAGUCGUCUGAUGGAAGUGCAAAAAAGAAACUCUCAGAACAAGCCUCGAACACGUGCAGCGACUCGUCCAGCGUAUUUGAGCCUUCUUCUCCAAGUGCAGGUGAGGUAGAAGCAGAAAGUGAAGAAGAAGACGAUGAUGACGACGACUGUAAAAAAUCAUCCAUGGAUGAGGGAACUGCUGGAAGUGAAGCUUUUGCUACUGAAGAAAUGUCCACCCUAGUAAAUUAUAUCCAGCCAGUGAAGUUUGAAUCCUUUGAAACAGCUAAAAAAAUUAACAGAAGUUUUGAAAUGUCAUCGUUUGUGGAAACAAAAGGUUUAGAGCAACUUACGAAAUCACCAGUUGAAUUUGUGGAAUAUAACAAAUUGCAGCUCAGCCGGAUCUAUCCCAAGGGAACAAGAGUUGACUCUUCAAAUUAUAUGCCUCAGGUGUUUUGGAAUGCUGGAUGUCAGCUGGUGGCUUUGAACUUCCAGACAUUAGAUCUGUCUAUGCAGUUGAAUUUGGGAAUGUUUGAAUACAAUGGAAGGUGUGGAUACAGGCUAAAACCGGAGUUUAUGAGGCGUCCCGACAAGCACUUUGACCCCUUCACGGAAAGCACCGUGGAUGGAAUUGUAGCAAACACCCUUUCAGUCAAGAUCAUAUCGGGACAGUUUUUAUCCGACAAAAAAGUGGGAACCUAUGUUGAAAUCGAUAUGUUUGGGCUACCUGUAGACACUCGGCGGAAGGCUUUCAAGACUAAGACCUUGCCGGGGAAUGCCAUCAAUCCGGUGUGGGAAGAAGAGCCUAUAGUGUUCAAGAAGGUUGUUCUGCCAUCUCUGUCAUCUUUAAGAAUAGCAGUAUUUGAGGAAGGUGGCAAAUUUAUAGGUCACCGCAUUAUCCCCGUCUCUGCUAUUCGACCAGGGUACCACUACAUCAGCCUUAGAAAUGAGAAGAACCAGUCUCUUACGCUGCCAGCUAUCUUUGUCUACAUUGAAGUCAAAGAUUACGUUCCGGACACGUUCGCAGAUGUCAUUGAGGCCUUGUCAAACCCCAUCAGAUAUGUAAACCUCAUGGAGCAGAGGGCCAGGCAGCUGGUUGCAUUAACACUGGAGGACGAGGAGGAACUGAAAAAAGAGACUGAAUCUGGUGAAGUUCCUACGGAGCCCAACAGUGACCCCAAGCCCCCACCAGCCGAAAACGGACUCAGCCACCCACCCUGCAUAGUGCCGAAGCAGCCCUCCCAGAUCGUCCACGCUCCACCACCUCCUGGCUCCGUAAAAACAACAGUAAAGACGGAAGACAUCAUCCACAGCGUCUUAGGUGAAGUGGAAGUCCAGACCAUAGAAGAACUGAAACAACAAAAGGCUUUUGUGCGAGAGCAGAGGAAACAUUACAAAGAAAUGAAGGAGCUGGUGAAGAAGCACCACAAGAAAACGACGGACCUGAUUAAAGAGCACACGGCGAAGUACAACGAGUUUAACAACGACUACCUGCGGCGCCGGGCUCUCCUACUGAAGACAGCAAAAAGGGACUCAAAGAAAAGGUGUGCGUCAUCCAGCCCUGACCACACUCCUUCUUCCAUUGAACAAGACCUCUCGGCCUUGGAUUCUGAGAGCAUCCAGAAAUUAGCGGAGCUCAAGGAGCAGCAGCAGCAGCAACUGCUGAACCUCCGACAAGAGCAGUAUUACAGCGAGAAGUACCAGAAGCGGGAGCACAUCAAGCAGCUUGUAGAAAAACUCACCACCGUAGCAGAAGAAUGUCAAAGCAACCAGCUGAAGAAAUUGAAAGAACUUUGUGAAAAAGAAAAGAAAGACUUGAAAAAGAAGAUGGACAAGAAACGACAGGAGAAGAUUAAUGAAGCAAAAUCCAAAGACAAAAACAUAACUGAAGAAGAAAAGCUUGAAAUCAUCCGAUCCUACGUCAACGAAGUGGUGCAGUUCAUCAAACGGCUGGAAGACGCCCAAAGUAAAAGGCAAGAAAAACUUCUAGAGAAGCAUAAAGAUGUCCGCCAGCAGAUACUUGAUGAGAAACCUAAGCUGCAAGCUGAACUCGAUCAGGAAUACCAUGAUAAAUUCAAGAGGCUGCCUGUGGAGAUCCAAGAGUUUGUGCAAGAAGCCAUGAAAGGGAAAUUCUCGGACGACAGCGAUCACAGUGCUGCAUCUUCAUCUGUGGGAGCGGAGAGCCGGAAUGUGAACAACAAGACUCCCCUCACCGAGGAUGAGCUGGAGGAGGAUGCUACAGAAAAGGCAUUUGAUACCCCACUUUAGUUACCCUGGACUCGGGAGGGACGAAUUCCACUUUGUGCCAAGGGCAGCUGCUCACCUCUUUAUAUACCCACAGAAGGGGCUCGAUGAAGGCCAGCGUCAAAAAACGCAGGAAGCUACCUUACUUGAAUGAUUACGUUUUGUUUCUUUAUUAUGAUGUUUUUGGGUUUAGUAAUAAAAGUCUGUUAUGGUGUGUUUUCGCGGUUUUACACCUUACUUUAUGGGUCAGCGUGCCAGCGUUCUGGGCCUGCCUGUGUCAACCUCAUUAUCAACCACUACGUUUAAGCGACUAUACACUUGCAAUAUUUUGAAGAAAAAUAAAAAAUUAUCCGGAACUGGCGAUCUCAGCUGCAUGUGAUCCCAUUUACAAAUUGCCAGGCAGAGCAAGCUACAGUACAUGUGUACCACACACUUUGGGAUGGCCGCCACGAAACGUAUCCCUGCUCGGUUGUGUGUGUGUGCGUGUGUGUAAAACGACGACUCAAGUAGCAUUUUAUCUUUAUAUUUGCACUAAAAAAAUCGUAAAAAAACCGAAAUGUCUUGCUUUUAAUCGGCAAGCACUGGCGGCUUGUUAGAAGUUUCUUGGUUACAUACAUUGUCGAUUAUUUAUUGCUGCUGAUACGUUACUUUUGAAUUUUACUGUUUUUACAGGGAUGAAGCCCGAUCCAAUUUUGUUUUCCCAUUUUUUUUUCCUUCGAGUCCUGCUGUAACGGGAGUACGCAGUAUGGUGCGUCUACGUAGAAUCGUAAAAAUCGUAAAGGCUUUCUUAACACUGGGAGAGACACCGAGAGAGGUGCCACGUAAUUUGAAUCAUGCAGAGAAAAAAGAAAAAGAACAAAACCCAAAAUCGUCCUCGAGUCAAGUUAUUUGAAAGUUUGGGGUUUUCUGCUUCCAUUUUUCUUGCACGAAUGUAAUUUUCAUUUUUCUCAUCUUUUUUUUUUUUUUUUUAAGCCUUUCGGCCAGAAGCAUAAAAGAAAAAUACGGGAGAGGAACCGAAUGAGCCGUGUGACAGAUUUGCUUUAAUCACGUGAGGAAGAGGCAGAGGAUGGGACAUUUAAAAAAAAAAAA